CGAGGCGAGCAGCGAUACUCGACGCCGUUGCUUCCCUCUUCAUCUAUCUCUAGGGCCAAGUUGUGCAUUUCUUUAACUGGUGAGACAUAUACUACAUUAAGUGUCACUACUGCCUAGCUACUACUGUGUGAUUUGUUUUAUGGUGGAAAUGGCCUAUAAAUACAGCUGCGGCUUGAUGCGCUUCUUCUUCAUUAUCAUCAUCAUAAUCAUCAUCAUCAUCUUUAGAGUUUCAGAGAUCGAUAAAUUGGGUUCAGAGCAAUGACAAAGAGGUUUGCUUUCGAGGAGAAGGAGAUGGUGCGCAUGCUGCUGCUCGUGUCGCGGGAGCAGGUGAUGCCCAUGCCGAUGCCGAUGGCUGUGCGCGGUGACCGCGCCCUUGAGCGGGUGUUCGUCUGCAAGACGUGCGACCGCGUGUUCCCGUCGUUCCAGGCGCUGGGCGGACACCGGGCCAGCCACAAGAAGCCGCGGCUGGACGAUGGCGGCGAUCUCAAGCCCAAGCUCCACGGAUGCUCCGUCUGUGGGCUGGAGUUCGCCAUCGGCCAGGCGCUAGGUGGCCACAUGCGGCGCCACCGCGCCAUGGCCGCGGGCGGGGGCGGCGGCGUCAUGGCCAUGACGCCACCGGCAGCAGCGAUAGAGAAGCAUGGUGGCGGCGACGGCGCUGUUGUCGGCAUGAAACGCAGGCUGUGGCUCGACCUGAACCACCCACCUUGCGACGAGUACGGCGCCAGCUGCGAGGGCGACGACGAGUGCGGCCAUGAUGCAGCUGCCGCCGGGUACACGUUCCACCAGUUCCUGGAUAUUGGCACCAUGGCGGUGCACUGCGUCUAGCUAUACCCCAUCUUCCCCUAUUGCCGGGUUUUUGCCGAAUAGUACAAUGUUUUUUCCUUUGUGCUCUUUGGUAGUAACUUCCUUUUUACCCCUUUUCUUCUUCCUUUUCUUUUUUAUGCAUGGAGAGAUCCAUAUUUUGUAGCAGUAGAUGAGUGUCUAGUGGAAGACAUACAUAAGUCAUCUCUUUUGAGAUGAUCAAUUUAGUGCUUAAUUUGGUGGCUUUGGAGGCUCAGGAGUGCUUACUCAGGUUUUCCUGUUAUUGCUGACAAAAUAAAAAUACAAAUUUGAUCCA